AUGAAGAUUAAGAACUUCAAUGCAUCUAUUUUGAGACUUUCCAACAGCAGUGAUUUACAAUAUUUGCUGCUUUCUGGUUUCUCUGGAUUGGAAGCUUAUCAUCCUCAGAUUUCUAUCCUUUUCUGUGUUUUAUAUCUAAUUGCUGUCAUCAGCAAUAGCACCAUACUAGUAGUGAUCUUUCUAGAAGAGUCACUUCAUGAACCGAUGUAUUUGUUUCUUUCAAUGCUGGCAGCAAGUGACUUAGGUCUCUGUGCCACCACCUUGCCUACAAUCCUUAAGGUUUUCUGGUUCAAUUCUCGUGAAAUACGCUUUGAUGCUUGUCUUACUCAGAUGUACUUUAUCCAUAUCUUCUCCAUGAUGGAGUCAGGUAUCUUACUGAUUAUGGCUUUUGAUCGUUAUGUAGCUAUAUCCAAUCCUCUUAGAUAUACUGUCAUCCUAAACAAUUCUACCAUUGUGAAAAUAUCAGUCGGAUUUGCAUUGCGGGCUAUCAUUAUUAUCAUGCCAGCCCCUUUUCACAUUAAGAAACUCAAAUUUUGUGAGGCCAAUGUACUUUCCCAUUCUUAUUGUCUGCAUCCAGAUAUUAUUAAACUUUCUUGUUCUGAUCACCGUAUUAACAGCUUUUUAGGACUCAUUGUAAUUAUCAUGACGUUUGGAUUUGAUUCUGUGCUCAUCUUGCUCUCCUAUGUGAAGAUCCUGGCCACAGUUCUCAGCAUUGCUUCCCAGGAAGAACGAGUCAAGGCUCUUAAUACCUGUGUUUCCCACAUCUGUGCUGUGCUGCUGGUCUAUGUUCCCAUGUUCGGGGUGUCCAUCAUUCACCGAUUUGGGAAGCAUCUUCCAUCUGUGGUUCAUGUCAUCAUGAGCUAUGUUUACUUGUUGGUUCCUCCUGUGUUCAAUCCAGUUAUCUACUGCAUCAAGACCCAUCAGAUACGUAUUCGUCUUCUGAAUAUUUUAAAGAAAAUGUAA